AUGUCACAGACUCAUCAGGCCCUGGUCCAAGAUCAACGUGGGACAUGGGUGGAUGAAGUGUUAGAUGGAACAGUCACACUGCUAGACAUGGGGGAAACUGCAAGAGACAUCAUGUUACAGAUGAAGGAAAAUGUGAAAGAUCUUCAGUCAGCUCUUCCUAGAAGAAAUUUUGAAGAGGGCGUGUUGAGCUUGUCAUUCAUGUCCACACCGAUGUCAAAGCCAAAGGUCAGUAGAUGGCAAUUGGUAUCAAAGUUGAUGAAAAGGGGAGUAGUAAGUUGCGAAAGCGAAGAGGAGAAGAUGAAUGAAGUGGCAUCAGUUGAUGUUGCAAUCUUUACUUUGUGCCACUACAGCAGCAAAGAUGCGCUGAGGUCGAGCUGUUGCAAAUAUCACAAAGAAGGUUGA